AGCCAGUACUGCGUUUAUUAAUUAGAUUCCAGCCUAUAUUGUUUCACCUUUGCACGAUUAACGCUAAGCAGAGGCCAGUUGUUUUUUUUGUUUUUUUUUUUGCAACUCGUUUGGCUAUUUUUCCUUCAACGUGUGCGAAUUUUGGCACAGCGCGUUUCCGCGUGCGUCCUACGCGACGUGCACUCUCUCUGUCUGAUCGCGUUGCGUUCCGCUUUAAGGAGACCUGACGUCAUAUUACGCGUCUGCUUUCGUCUCAGCUGUGGUCGUUUUUCCUCGCACGGAUUGCAAACAAACCUCACGCACAGGCGUCGCUUCCCGCCAGCCUUCCCUGUGCGCGCUGUCGGUGCAGUCCGCGCCCGAGCAGCGCGGGGGAAACGCCACGACAGCUCUUCAAUGAAACGAGGAAAUCCUGCACCAAAAGCGGGAGGCGGUAAACAGGCUGGUUUGAGCUAAGCUGUUCGAGCUGUGCUAAGUGGAGGAGAAACAGAGGGAGGAUAGGAGCGAGACACUGAGCUGCAGAGAGUGUGCUAGCUUGCCUCCAUGUCUUCACCUGUCAAUAAGAGAUCUACUUCUGGGUCCCGCAGAUUCAAUCCUCUGAAGGCCCUGCAGCCCAAAUGGCGCUUGCAGCAAAUACUGUCCUCUCCUUCUUCACCCCCUCCUUUUGACUAUUGCAGGUUUAUAGAACUAGACUACACCCCCAUGGAGGCAGGCAUUAUGGUCUCUAUGAGGCAGAGCCGAGGAUUUUUGACACCCAAGUCUCCGGAGCGCCACUGUCGGCGGAGUCCUGCGCCUAUCAGUAACCGUGAUCCCUAUGGCAAUGCCUCUCUCAGCAGCAGCAGCAACUCAGGAUCAUGCAAGGGGAGUGACUGCAGCCCCACCCCCAGGCGCCAUAUGAAAUACACCUCCUGCACGGAUAACCAUGGUAUUAAGCCACCUCCUCCUGAGCAGUACCUGACCCCUCUGCAGCAGAAAGAGGUGUGCAUCAGACAUCUGAGGGCACGGCUCAAAGAGACUGUUGAAAGACUCCAGGACAGAGACACAGAGAUAGAUGAGUUGCGGACUCAGGUGUCCCGGAUGCAGGAGGACUGGAUUGAGGAGGAGUGCCAUCGUGUUGAGGCCCAACUGGCCCUGAAGGAGGCACGCCGGGAGAUCCAGCAGCUGAAGCAGGUCAUUGAUGUUGUACGCUCCAGCCUGGGUGAGGCAGACUCGGGUGUGCAGAAGUGUUUCCAAGAUAUCAAUGUCCAGAACCACAAGUUGGAGACCCUGCUGCAGAGCAUGGAGCUGGCACAAGCCGGAGUGGCAAAAGUUGCAGAGGCCCCAGCUGGGGGUGGGGCAGUGGGGGCAGGGCCGUGGGUUGGUGAGGGGUCAGUGGGCUCUUGUGAAGGCUCGCCGGCCCGUUCACUAACCCGCAGCUCUACCUACACUAAACUGAGCGAGCUGGCACCACCUGAACGCAAUGAAAGUGGCAGUGGCUCAGAUGUGGCGUGCUGCCUGUCAGCCGAGGGUACUCAGGAUAGUGGUUUUGUGUGCUGUGGGGAGAUGGAUGGGGGUGGAGCCACACGGGCUGAGCUGCUGCUGGAAGCUGCUUGCCUAUCAGAGGAAACAGCAUCGCUGCUGAGCGCUUGCUCACGCCUGCCACACUCAGCUACCUACGAGGCACUGAGCUGUGGAGAGACACGGAUGUUGCCACUGCGCUGCAGCCUGGGUAGAACUUCUGGAGGAGAGGCAGCCACGAGCAUCAGCCACCCCUGCCUGUCGCAUCACCACCUGUACCUGCACCACCUACGAGAACAGGCAAUUCAGACAGAAUGUGACUCUGGACCCGCCUCAGCCCCAGUCCAUGGAGCUGCUUUUGGCUCUGACUUGGACACUAUUGCUGAGGUUCGCACUUUCCGCUCUCAGGCCUGCAGCCCCACCUCCACCUGGCUGUCAGAUGAGGGUGAUGAUCUAGACUCGGUCACCACUGAGUCUGUCAUCACGGCCACAGCUGGUGGGAUAGCCGUUUUCACAGCUGUCUCUACAGAGUCAGCUCUGGCACUAGGUACCAUGCCGUUUACUGCAGUGGAACCAUUUAAUAAAUCCUCUGCUGCCAACGAGUCUGCUGUGACAAUGGCUGUUGUUGAUGAUUCUUUUGCUGUGCUGCCCACUGCAAAAGCCAUGCCAGAGACUGAUCCUGCACUAAAUCCUUCUAGUCAAGAUCUACCCCCAAGCCCUGAUUCUGCCUCCUGCCCUGUGCCAGUGAUGCCAUUGGUGGAGGAGAAUGGAGAGCCCACCCCACAAACCACCCAGCCACAGUGUGUAGCUUCACAGACCAACACCAAUGGGGUCACUGUUGUAGAGGUGGAUGAGGAUAAUGAAGAAGACCAAGACGAAGGAGCAGCCAGCGCAGAGGGCUCUGGCUGUGGUGUGCCUGUAAAGAGCUACUGGAGCCGCCAUUUUUUAGUGGAUCUCUUGGCUGUGGCAGUGCCAGUGGUACCCACAGUGGCGUGGCUGUGUCGGGGCCCACGGCGCGGAGGCCAGCCCAUGUACAACAUUGGGGCAUUGCUGCGCGGAUGCUGUACCGUAGCCCUGCACUCCCUGCGACGAGGGGGAGGUUUGCGGCAUUACCCCGCAGGGGGAGGGGGGCCAGGAGGCAUAAAUAUAUGAGAUCAAACCUGGAGCACCAGAGAGGAUCCUCGAGCUGCUCACAGUGCUGUUUGCAGAUCAGACUGGCAGAGACUGUGAGGUGUUAAUGAACAGUUGACACCAGGUCAAGAGGCAAGAUUAACACUGCACCUUGGUUAUUAGUUAAAUCCUAAGCAUCACAACUCUAGUCCUGAUAUAGUAUGUUGUCCUGAUAUAGGACGGAAGAAAGUGGGAGAAGUGUUUUAUCAAUAAAUCUUUAUUGAAAACAUGUCAGUCCUUUGUGGUUUUAUAAAAUGGUACCCUUUACUUUCAAAACCUCAUCUGUGACCCUGUUAUCGACAAUUAGUUGGCAGGACAAGAAGCUUCUGAUGGUCAUCUGACAAACAUGAACAAUGCUGUUGGUAUUUUCAGGAGUAUAAACAGAGUGAGGAAAAGAACACAAUGUCUAAUUCUCUGUCUUCCUGUCUCCUGAUCCCAUGAUGUACUCUUCUGUUCAAAUAAAAUGGGGGUAAAAAAAAUAAAUAAAAUAACAAAACCUACAAGUGAGUGUUAAUACAUGUGAGUUUGUGUUUGUGUUGUGUUAUUGUGCAGUGUAGCUGAAGCACCUGAACAACUGGAGAUGAUUGUUGCUACAGCAGUUGUAGGUGCAUGGUUAGUUCUCCCAUUAUAGAACUGCUAAUCUAUUUAUAAGCUUCACAUAGACUACCGGUGUUCAAGGUGGCUUCUCCUGCUAGAAUGUAAUCCAUAGGCAAAAAGUACCUGAAACAUAUUAGCUUUAUUGUGUUAUUCUAAACCAAAAUGAGUGUGUGAAAGACAAAGUACAGAAUUACUAUCAGAGGACUUUUGGGCCUCUAGAUGGGCUACAUUUGCAAAAAUUAAAGCAUUGAAGGAUGCAUGGAGAACAAGCAAUCAUACAAUGUUUAUAGUAAUAAUAAUAAUGACGCUUAAUUAAGAUGAUCAUAAGAACAAGUCUAUAUGAGAUUUCUGUAGAGGUACAUUUCAUGUUUCUUUUGCACUUUGAGAAUUUGUCAAUCUUAAUAAUCCCUGUACUGUAGUUAUGAUGGUAGUGUCUCAUUUUUCAGUGUUUUGUGUUACUGAAGUAUCUCCAUGGAAAUGUUACUUUUGACUCAAUCAGCUCUAUGUGGUGUGACAUUUACUGAUAUCACCUGCACUAAAAUUCACUUUAUCACCAAGUUACUUGAAGUUUAGUGUGUAUGCAAUGUUCAAUGUUUGUAGGGCAGAUAUUCACAGAGAUCACAGUUUCAACUGACUCAAUCAUGUACAUGCACUGUUACUGUUUUAUCCUUGUGAAUGUCCCUCUACUAUAUAUCUUUGAUUACAACCUUCAUUAGUUGCCUUUUGCUCCCCUCUGUGUGGAGUCACUUUUUGUGCUGUCAGCUGGCUUUUAGGUAUUGCAAUAUACAUUCACAUGGACAUUGUGUCAUCAUAUGAUUUUCUGAGCUGUUGUUGCUUUUUCCUACUAAAACCACAUGACAAUCUUUUGUGUUGUGCAUUGUGUAUUGAAAACAUUAACUGACCUGUGGUGUGUUAAGUAAAUAUGCUAGCCUCAUUCUGGCUAUUUUAGCACUUGUGUGUGAUUGUAUGACACUGAACACGUGGCAUAAAUUUAAUUUGUUUUCAAAAAUUUAUAAUUUCAUAUUUUACGUUAUGAUUGUUUUAGAUAAUGAAUGUGUGGCCUUUGUGUAUUAUUUGUCCUGAAAUGGUCAAAGGAUGUUCAAGGAAUGCCAUUUUGGUCCAAACUUGACAGCAAUCCAUUACCUCUAAUUUAUUAGCCAGUAAAGAGCCAUUUAAAUUAUCUUCAAUGCUGUUGAUAGCAAGAUGAAAGCAAGAUGUUUGCAUUUAAGUGACUAAUAAGGCCUUGAAAGUUUUCUGUAAAGCCAUAUUCUACUAAAGGAUUGUAUGUGCAACCUACAUUCUAGUCUGAGUAAUGUACAUGAUUUAAUGAAGGACCCCUCGUGUGGUAGCGUGGGGACUUCAAUUUGUGUGUGAGGGUCUGUGUGUUAUGAAAUGUGUGCUUAAAAUGCUUGAUGGUUCUUUUAUUCCACUAUCUUUGUGUUCCUUUGAAUGACUUACUCUAAACAGAUUUAUGAAUCAUAAUUAACCCAGACAAACUCUUACUUAUACUACAUGUAACUUAAUGAAUUACCAACUAGGGGCCCUAUUUUUGCAAACCAUCACAGGAACAUGAAUAAUCAUGGUGUUGUAUGGAAGACGAAGUAUUAUUAAGCACUCUUCACCUUGUACCAGUAACACCACAAAGCUUUUAGAGAAUGCAGGCCAGCAGGGCUUAUAACACUAAGGUUUGGAAUUUUUACAUUUGGGCAUAGUAUAACAUAUUUCCUUUAGUUACUUGAAGCUGAGCUUUAACACCUAAGUUUGUUAUUUAUCUCAGCAUACAAAAAAGAACAGAAUGUCAUAUGCAUCACAUGUGAUACGUGUGAAUGAUAGCACUCUAUAUUUUUUUAGCUAUGCGUAAAUUAUGUUACACUUCCAAACAAUGUGUAAAAAUGAGGUAAAAUGAGGAACAAUAAAAUUGUUUCUUUCAAUGUUUGUAAUGUCAUUUAUGUCAAGUUGUUUGUCAAACAAAUAUGGGUAAAAGUCUAUUCCCAACUGUAAUACAGCUAUUUUAAUAGUAAUCAUAGAGUGUACAGGAAUCCAUGUUCACAGCUGUCAUUUCAUUUUCAUUCACUACUCUGUAUAUAAAAGAUUAUAUUAAACAGCAUGGUGAAUAUA